GCUGGAGGUCCAUUUUCUAGCCGUCGCUGUCCGUCCCCGGUCCCUCGCCGCAUCUUAUUGUCUGGUGGUUGCCGAGCGCCUUGACUUCAUCGGAGGGAGGGGAGACUUCAUCGGGGAAAUGGAGAAGGAGAUAAAUAUCGGCGGCGCCGACGGGGUGGAGGUGAGGAAGGAGGCGGGGGAGGAGGAGGAGAUAAAUCUGGGCGUCGCCGGCGGGGUGUUGGUGAAGAAGGAGGCAGGGGAGGAGGAGGAGAUCGAGUUCGACCCGACGGACGACGAGCUGGUGCUGCACUUCCUGCGGCCGCAGCUGCGCGGGUUCGCGCCGCGCGUGGCGGGCGCGGUGGUGGAGGCGGAGCCGUGCGCGGCGACCCCCUGGGAGCUUCUUGCGCGGCACGGCCUGCUGCGGCGCGGGCACGGCUACUUCUUCGCGGCGCGGCGGCGCGGGAAGGGCACCCAGGCGCGGCGCACCCCGGAUGGCGGCGGCGGCUCGUGGAUGCACAGCGGGAACAAGGAGCACCGCCGGUCCGUGACGGAGCUAGGCGUGGUCGCGCGCUGGUCCAUGACGCUGUACUGCUUCUACGCCCGCGGCGGCGUGAAAGGGGAGGGCGGGGCGCAGCAGGGGCGGCGGAGCACCGGGUGGGCCAUGUCCGAGUACGAGAUCACGGACCCGCGGUGCUACCGCCGGGCCGACGACGGCGAGGAGGACCACUACUGGGUGCUCUGCCACGUCCGCCGGAGCACCAGGAAGAACGUCAAGCCGCGGUCCUGGGAGUGCUGGAAGUCGUGGGAUCUCCAACGUUAACGGUUCUCCGAGCAUGAAAGCUGAUCUCCAGCGUAAGCUCGCUCGCCGGCCGGGAGAAUCCCCGAAGGAUUUCUUGUGCUCGUCGCCCGGCUGUGCGGCCUGCCAUAUCCGUCGGUCGGUGCGUGGGCCAUGUGCAGUGUAGAGAAGGAAAUCUCUACUCCUAAUGGACGAGUUGGUUGAAUAGUCCCCCCACUUUCGACUGAUUUUUUUUCGACUGGU